AUGAUUCAGGAGCCAUGGACUCCGAAAAAAGAUAGAAUAGGCGCACUCAAUGCUAUUGGCGAAGUCCUGUCAAAACAACAAGAGGGGAUAGAAACAAGAGCUUGUAUGGCAGUCAGUAAAAGAUUAAAACUAGUGCUUCUGCCACAGUUCAGCAACAGAGACAUGACAACGGCAAUGCUAGAACAGGUCUCGCCGAGCGGGCGGAUAAACAAACUUGUUAUCGCAUCAUGGUACCUACCACACCAUAGACAGAGCCCGAUAGACGGAGUAAUGGAAAAUACAAUAAAUUGGUGCAACCAACAAGGAUUAGAGUAUAUCGCGGGAACAGACGCCAAUGCGUGUAACACAGCAUGGGGCAGUACAAAAACAAACAAGAGGGGUGAAACCCUGCUAGAAUUCCUUGAGUCAAACGAACUAACAUGGGCAAAUGAAGGUCAUAAACCGACGUUUACUACCUGCAUCAGAGAAGAAGUGCUAGACAUCACGAUCGUCUCGGUCGACAAAUUAAUCGACAUAAGCAAAUGGCGGGUAGAUAAAAGAAAGGUUGACUGGAAGAAGUUUAGAGAGGAACUAGCCAAGAACAAAGGGAAUAUACCCAAGGAUUACGGUACAUCGGACCAGCUAGACUUGGCAGCGGACUCACUGAAUGAACUGAUUGGUAACGCGGCUAUGACUGCCUCCAAGGUGAUAAAGGGUGUUGAAAAAAUCAAGGUCCCUUGGUGGAACUCGGAUCUAACCAGACUAAGGGAUAAUUGUCGCAAACUCAAGAGCAGAGCCAGAAGAACAACGAAGAACUGUGACAAAAUCAGAGCACAGAGGGCUGAACGACAGCUAAAAGAUAAGAUCAAAAGAAACAAAAAAGAAUCAUGGAGGAAAUUUUGCGGAAGUCUAAAAACAACAAAGAAUAUUGCAAAACUAACUAAGAUUAUGGAGAGAACCGACAGCAGUAACCUAGGAUUGCUAAAAAAGAACGACGAUACUUUCACCAAGAGCACCAAAGAAACGUUGGAACUACUGCUUCGAACACAUGGUAGUUACAAGAAAAAAGAAGAAGCUAAACAUUCAGGGAGUAAAACUGAACGGCACCCAACUAACUUUAAAGAAGGAGGUAUGAUACCUGGGGAUCACUUUCACACCAGACCUCUCCUGGAGGAAUCAUGCAGACAGAGUAAUCAGAAGGGCGAAGAACAACCUUGCACUGCUUAA